AUGAUGAACAAGCAAUAUCAUUCUGAUGGCAGCUAUUGCAACGGAGGAACUUCUAAUAAUGUGAAAUGCGUCAAAUGUCAUGGAGGAGCUGCGUUUGAAUCGAAUAACACCUCGUACUGCGAGAAGUGUUUUCUUGCAAUGGUCAAAGGGAAGUUUAGAUCAUCUCUCAGUAAACGGAGGAUCUUCAGGGAUAAGGAUUCUCGGAAGGCUCUAGUCGUAUUGGAUGGCUCUAGAGAAUCCGCAUUUCUUUUCCGGCAGAUAGAAGACUCUGUGAAGCAGACUAAUUUCAAACGACUUAUGAUAGAACCAUCGUUCCUUCUUCUCUUGUGGUCAUUGAAUAUUUCUGAAAUACGUGCGAUGAUAAAGAAACUGUCUGUUCUUCAACAAGCUCUGCCGUGUACGUAUUUUGUUGUACACCUGGCGGCCAUAUUUGGAAGCCUUCACUUAAGCGACAAUAUUGGUUGUAUCGGCAUUCAACAUGUAUCAAGGUUGGAUACCUUCCUCCGUUCAUUCCGUACGACAUAUUUGCGCGAGGAAAUGAUACGUCUUCUGACUCAACGCCUGAUUCGAGAGUUUUCGAAGUGUGUUGGCAUUUCCAAGGUUAUGGUUCCUUCUAGCGGUGAUGAUCUAGCUCGGUUAGCGAUGUCACAGCUUUGCCUUGGACGCGGAGGCGCAGUGUCAGAUAUGACGGAUGUAGUUGAGAACACCUCGCAAGGAAUAACUUUGAUACGACCAUUAAGAAGUGUAAGCUCAAAAGAGAUCGCGACCGCAUUGCAGCUGGAGAAUGUGGAGCACUACGUACUCCUGCCCCCUGUUCCUAAUGCUACAAAUGCCUAUUAUGCUUAUGAGGCGCGAUCGAAAGGCUCCAUUCAGGAAAGCACCUCACGAUUCUUGAAUAAUUUACAGGAGGAUGGGUUCAAGGGCACCGUGCCAAACAUACUCGGUGCAACCAGCAAAAUUCAUAUCCGCAAUAGCGGCCGCUUUUGUUCAUUGUGCGAAUGUUAUUUUUGUGAAGAAGGUGCGUUGUGUUAUACGUGCUCGAAUAUCAUGAACGAGCUCCCAUUUUCCAUCGUUGAUGUUUUUCCUCUUCGACUUCAUUUUAUGCCUUGUGAUUAG